GUUUCCCGCGGCCCUCGGGGUGCGUGGACGCCAGACCGCCCCCCCGGAGAUCUGAUCUCAGUUUAUGGAGUCGGCAACAAGUGCGCCACGUGCGCAGAGGCGCGAGCCUGCCAGCAGCCUCUCCUCGCGGGGAAAGAUGCUGGACAACGUGAAGGUGGAGGAGCGCCUGCACUCAACCGGCUCCCUGCACGUCCUGAUCGGUGGCGACUCUCCCCCGCGCGCGGUGUGCGAGGGCUGCACGCGCGUCAUCUCCGACCGCUUCCUGCUGCGGGUCAACGACGCGUCCUGGCACGAGGAGUGUCUGCAGUGUGCCGCGUGCCGGCAGCCGCUCACCGCCACCUGCUACUUCAAGGACACGAGGCUGUACUGCAGGAGCGACUACCAGCUGUUAUUUACCACUAAGUGCAGCGGGUGUCUGGAGAAAAUUGCCCCCACGGAGUUGGUAAUGCGAGCCCUGGACAGCAUUUACCACCUGGGCUGCUUCUGCUGCUGUGUCUGCGAGCGCCAGCUCUGCAGAGGAGACGAGUUUGUCCUGAAGGAGGGCCAGCUGCUGUGCAGGAGCGACUACGAAAGGGAGCAGGAGCUACUCAGCACAGCCAGUCCAGACAACUCAGGCUCAGAUAAAAGUGAGGAUGAGGAUGUGAGGUCAGAGAAGCAACAUGCAGCAACUAAAGGCAGUGAUGACAGCAAGGAUUCACGCCGGCCUAAACGACCACGCACCAUCCUCACCACCCAGCAGAGGAGAGCCUUCAAAGCCUCGUUCGAGGUCUCCUCCAAACCAUGCAGAAAGGUGAGAGAAACGCUGGCUGCAGAGACUGGACUCAGCGUCCGUGUGGUCCAGGUCUGGUUCCAGAACCAGAGAGCAAAGAUGAAGAAGUUAGCCCGUCGACAACAGCAACAGCAGGAGCAGCACAGCAGCCAACGGCUCGGCCGAGAGGUGAUAUCAGGCUGCAUGGAGGGUCUGCUCCGCCCCUACCCAGGACCUCUAGCUCCAGGUCAGCACCAGCUGGUCUCCAUGGAGCACGGCGUAUACAACAUCGACCCCUUCCAGCAGGGUCUCACCCCGCCACAGAUGCCCGGUGACCACAUGAACCCCUACGGAACUGACUCCGUCUUCCAUGACAUUGACAGUGACGCCUCUCUGACCAGUCUUGGUGAUUGCUUCAUGGCCGCUGCAGAUAUGGCUUCUUUGCAGGCUCGGGCAGGGAACCCUAUUGACCACCUUUACUCCAUGCAGAGCUCCUACUUUGCUUCCUGAGACCCCAUAAUUGUUGUCGGCCCCACCCCACCCAUGAUAAUGUCCCCCAGGCUGUGGACAACAAGUGUACAUAUGUGCAGACAUCAGAUCAUCUGGAUGUCCUGCAA